AAGUUCCAUCCGUCAAAAAUAACUAAACUCACAAAAAGAAAAACAAAUAAAAUCAACAAGCUCUCUCUAAAUAGUCGCCACAUAAAAAUUUGCACUUAUCUCGACAGCAUUUCAUUUAACUUUAAUUGUUUCUAUUAAAAACACAGCAUCAGCACAAUGUCCCAACCGGUUGCAUUUUUAACUCGUAAAGAAAUAUUCAGUGCUUGUCAUCGUUUGAACAGUAAUCAACUAACUGCAGAAGAAAAUCUAGAAAUCUAUGGAAAAUGCAAUAAUCCCAAUGGCCAUGGACACAAUUACAUUGUGGAAGUUACUGUUCGAGGUCCCAUUGAUGCUCGUACUGGAAUGGUUAUGAAUAUAACUGAUCUCAAAUUUGCAAUGGAUGAUGUUAUUUUCAAACACUUAGACCACAAGAAUCUCGAUAAAGAUGUUGAAUUCUUCGAAAAUAUUCCAAGUACAACGGAAAAUGUAGCAGUAUAUAUUUGGGAUAAUCUACGUCAGAAACUUAAGAAACCAGAACUGUUGUAUGAAGUUAAAAUCUACGAAACUGACAAGAACUCUGUAAUCUAUCGUGGACCAUAUUUCCAAAAUUACAUAUUUGCCAAUGGAAAACGCGAUCAAAAAGAUUCCUGUGCUAAUAUAUCAUCUGACUCGGACUAAAUUGAAUCUUACUUACAUCACCUGACAUUCCUUGAGAUUUUAUGAAACAACACAAAACCUGACUCACCCAACGAAUUUCAUGAAAAAUAAAUAUAGAAAAAGAAUAAAAUUGUAUAAUUAUAAAUUUUGUAAUUAAGUGACUGAUGUUAUUUUGGAAUUUAUUUUCGGACUGAUAAAUUGAAUCUUUAUACUUUUUAUGGUGUGCAGUUUUAUCAUAACAGGGACCAAUAAGAUGAAAAUAUUUUAAUGUUAGCUAAACGUACAAAAUUACCUGCAUUUUGAAAUGUUUUUAAAGACGUAUAUAUUCUAAUGGAUGUUUAAAGUGUAUUGAUAAUACCUACAUAUAAUUAUUUUGAUGAAUUAGUUGUUGUUAUUUGCAAUAAAUUAUGCAACCUACA